AUCGACCCUUGUUUCUGCAAACCCUAGAAACGAAGGAGGUUAUUUAUUUCUGCUUCAGUUCAGGGAAUGCGGAAAAAUGAUGAGAGCUUCGCUGUCUAAUCCUGACUCCGUUGGGAGGGCCAAAAAAGCCAUCGCCGGCCGGAAUUGCCACCGGAAACACGUGGAGGACGGGUGAUUAAUUCCUCCGCCUCUAUUACUAUUUGUAACUACUGUAAGUUUUUCCGUUUCCAUUCUUCUCUCCUAAUCCUAUCAAUAUCAAAUGACGAAAAUCAGUGAGAAAUGUAACGGCCAUCACGUGCUUCAUGGAAAGUACGAGCUCGGACGUCAAUUAGGUCACGGCACGUUCGCCAAGGUGUAUCAUGCUCGCAACUUGAAGACGGGCAAGAACGUGGCGAUGAAAGUGGUUGGGAAAGAGAAGGUGAUUAAAGUUGGGAUGAUGGAUCAAGUCAAGCGAGAAAUAUCGGUAAUGAAGAUGGUGAAGCAUCCGAACAUAGUGGAGCUUCACGAGGUCAUGGCCAGCAAAACCAAGAUCUACUUCGCCAUGGAGCUCGUCCGCGGCGGCGAAUUGUUCAGCAAGGUCGCCAACGGUCGCCUCCGCGAGGAAGUAGCGAGAAAUUACUUCCAGCAGCUGAUCUCCGCCAUCGACUUCUGCCACAGCCGCGGCGUCUACCACCGCGAUCUGAAGCCGGAGAACCUCUUAUUGGACGACGAUGAAAAUCUUAAGGUCACCGAUUUCGGACUCAGCGCGUUGUCGGUUCACCUAAGGCAGGACGGACUCUUGCACACUACAUGUGGUACGCCGGCAUACGUAGCGCCGGAUGUGAUCGGAAAGAAAGGAUACGACGGAGCGAAGGCAGAUAUUUGGUCCUGCGGAGUCAUUCUGUUUGUUCUCUUAGCUGGAUUUUUACCGUUUCAGGAUGAUAACGUCGUUGCGAUGUAUCGAAAAAUCCACAGAGGAGACUUCACGUGUCCGCCGUGGUUCUCGUCGGAAGCUCGAAGACUGAUCACGAAAAUGUUAGAUCCGAAUCCUGAUACUCGGAUUACGAUAGCGAAAAUCAUGGAUUCGUCAUGGUUCAAGAAGUCGGUGCCAAAGUCUUUGAUGACGAAAGAAGAGCAUGAGUUCGAAUGUGCAAGUGUUGUUGAAGAUGGUGAAAAGAGGAAGGAAACAGAGACAUUGAAUGCGUUUCAUAUAAUUUCAUUAUCGGAAGGGUUCGAUUUGUCGCCAAUGUUCGAGGAGAAGAAGAGGGAAGAGAAGGAGCAUAUGAGGUUCGCGACGAUGAGACCGGCGAGCAGCGUGAUAUCGAUACUGGAGGCGUUGGCCAAGGCGAUGAAGUUCAGCGUCAAGAAGAGCGACUCCGUUGUGAGAUUGCAGGGGCAAGAGAGCGGACGGAAGGGUAAGUUGGGGAUCGAGGCGGACAUCUUGGCCGUGACGCCGUCGUUUCUGGUGGUGGAGGUGAAGAAGUCGAGUGGUGACACUCUGGAGUACAAUCGGUUCUGUAGCAAGGAGCUCCGACCGGCGCUCAAGGACAUCGUCUGGACGUCGUCAACCGGAGACUCAACUACGCCUGCUUGAAAAGAUCUGAAAUUGGAGUUGAGUAAUUGCUUUUUAGAUUCAAAAUAGAAUCUGUGUUUUGUGAUAUGUUAUUCUUGUGUGUGACGGUGUGUUUAGAUUGUGAAAUAUGGAAUGGUACUCGAAUCAGAAAUUGAUUUGUUCGAUGCAACUAAUAACUUAUUAAUUGUGAUUAUGUUUGUUUGUGCUUAA